UCCGCGUUGGAAUGGCUGUAACAUGGCGGAAACUCGAGGUCUAAGCAUCCCAAGUCUGUUCUCCUACCGACACGCGAAAAGAAGCCUUUCUUUCAGGGGCUAGUCGUUGGAGAACAUGGCGGGAUAGUUUCCAAGUAUAUUAUUUGCCUUUUGCAUUCCGGCGCCCGGUUGUAACUAUGAAAGCUGUUUUACGUUUGUCCAGCACUGGUCUGAGAACUCCCUCAAAAUGAGCAGCAACGCAACAGAAUUCCAGAAGCCUUCCCCCUCCCUACCACUGCCUCCGGAUCAUGUGUUAAACUCGGGAGCAGUCACAUUCCCUGGUGCAUUUGACCUGCAAAGUUGUCCUCUGGUGGUGUUCCCAGUAGAGGAACACAAACAUUUUAUCUCAUCUCUGACCCAGGAGGAAGUGGUUGAAUUCAUCAAUUAUUUUUUGCGGUUGCACAACAAAUACCGGGAGAAGGAGUCCAUGGUCUCGGUGGUAGUUGAUUUGCGGCAAGCCACCCUAACCACCACAAGAUUCAUUGCAGAAACCAUCCUCCUCCUUGAGGUCCAUAAGAGGACUAUUCACACACUGUAUGUAGUCCAGCCUAAAAAGAAAGAUGUCCUGAAAUUGUUACUUAAAUUACUGGUGCCAAGCCACUCAAAGCGUCACAUUUCUGCAUCCUUUAAGCGUGUUUUCCUGAAAGAAAUCUUCGAGCUGUCCAACUACAUUGACCAGAGCCAGUUGACUGCUGCAUUGGGAGGGUAUCUAAUUUACUGCCACCAGAGUUGGGUGAUGUUCAUCAAGGAGAUUGAUGCCUUUGUCCAGGACUUCCUGUCUGUUGUACACAGGCUCCCUUCAUGUAUUGCCACCCUACAGACAUUAUCCCAGCAGCCGGUACCAAGCAGCUUUGAGGAGCUAAAAGAGUUCUGUUCUGUAAACGAGGCUAGGUUUCAACAGCUAAGAAGGGAGCUGGGCCUGGAUGACCUCCUGAGGCACUGUGAGCAUGUAGUUGAGAAGCUGCGCUACCCUGAGAAUGAGCCCUGCUACCAAGCCAUGGCUGGCACAGCCCUCUUCACACACACAGCCUAUGACAUGCUGCAGAACUACAGCCGGAUAACGGUUGCUGUAGAGAAAGUGGAGUUGCUGUGGCAACAGGCGUUCUCCAGAGCUCACCUCCAGCUGAAGGUCCUCCAGCUCAGGAAGGAAGCACAGCAGAUUACUGAACAUAUCAACAAUACAGGAAAGGAGAAGCUCCAGCUGUACACAAUAGAGAUUGCUAAAGAUGCUAGGAGAGCAGAAAGUCUGAAACUGGAGUUUGAAAAGUCCAUUUAUACUCCAGCAAUGGCCCUUGUUCGCCGUGCAGAAGAUGUGAUCCAUACCUUUGAGGAGACAAUCCCUCCUGGGGACACCCAGGUCAGGGAAGAGUGGGUGGAUGAUCUGGAGCAUCUAAAGGAGAAUUUCCGCACAUCUGUUGAGCUCCCACACCAAUCCCUCAGAGCAGUCUCUGACUUUUACUAUUACUACAACAAUUCUCAAAGCUGGUACAACAUGGUGCUCUAUGAGAACUUCCUCCAAGAUCUCCUCUGGAGUAGAACCCGUGAUGGCCUCUCAAAUCCGCAUUACACCCAGGGUGUGAAGGCCAGUGGUGUCCCUGUGUGGAAGCAGAAGAUCUAUGAAUUCCUGAAGAAGAAUCCUUCACCUGAAAUGGAUGAUUUGGUCCAGCUUGCCCACCUUGCCAAUAUCAUCCCUGAUGGCCUGCUACAAAAGACAGGGAAGCAACUGUCUCAUCGGUGCAUGAUCCUGAGAAAGUUGCUGACCUUGCCUGGGGCUGUACCUCUCAAUGACCUCCAACUGGCCCUGCAGUGGCAGUAUGAGUUUCUGAAGGGCAAUAAGCGGGAUGUGGAUCCACUGGGUCCCAGAGCACCCAGUAAGGACCAGAAUUGUACAGAAGGCACAACCAGUCUUCCCAGAGACAUGUGUGAUGGACGUACCAGGCAAAGCCCUGAGACUCAGCUCAGCAACCUGAGCAAGUGGGACUCUGGCAAAGAGGUUGCACCAAGUCUGGUUCAAGGGCCUGUGCCACUGUCGGGAAAGCCGCCAUCACUGAGCUCCUUCGACUCCGGGUUUGACGGUGCCGGAAGCAGCCAUUUGGAUGCUGGGGCUGGAAGGGACGGCUGGGAGGGACUUCCCAGGCCACAGGGCACCAGGGAGACAUUCAGACCGAUAGUCAGGCAGCCUCAGAUCCAUGAGGAGAACUUCUCCAGUGUGUCUGACUCUGAAGACUGCAGGGAGGAGUUUCAGUUUGGCGCUGCAGGGGCCGGGAGCAGCUCGAACGCAAGCAUCCAGAUUAUCCCAAAGAUAACCAUGGGCUCACUCAAUUUUGAAAUUAAAGUGAAGCGUUCUGCGACAUUGCCGAAGAACCCGUGGCUCAGCUUGCCUGUGGAGGACCUGGAGAGCUCUUACACAGUCACCAUUUCACCAAAUUCACAGGGCCCCCUACAAGAAUCUGUUCGAAGGCAAGACUCAUCGGAGAGAUCACGGGACCAGCCUACACAAACCGAGGUGCAACCUACUACCCAGGAGUAUUCAGGAGGGGAGGAAGAGUCGAUGCAUGUUGGGGGAAUGGAGGUUGGGCCAAGGGAAAGGGUUGGCAUUCUGCAGGCACAGGAUAGCUUUGAGGAAUUGGACCUAAGCCCCAUAUGCAAUAUCCUAUCUAGCACCAUAACCGAUUCCCAGGACAAACAGGAAAGCACAGUGGAUAGUGUCCCCACUCUCCUCUGGGACUCCUAUGACUUGCAUAACAACAAACCAGAAGCAUACGAAAGGUUGACUGCCUCUUUGACUGGAGGGUCCCUAACCGAUUGGGACCUAAAAGAGCAGGAGGGUCUUAAAGAAGUUGAGGAAAUCCUUGACCGGGCAGCAGGAAUACUACAGGCAAGGGAAGAGGAGAAUGUACUUGCACAGGAAGAAAUGUUAGAUGUUCUGAUGGAGGUGGAGAAUGGCAGAAAGCACUGGGGGUCAUGGGACAGUGAGGAGCAGCUGAAUAUGGUAACCAUGUCCUCUAGUGAUUUACUGGAUGCAGGCAUUGUUGGCUUUGAGGAUGGCCCCCUUCCAACCAGUAUUGAUCAGGGCACUGAAUAUACCCCACCUGAGACAGAGCUCAGUGUCUCUGAUUGCAUCACUGCAGACGACAGCCGUGUAGCUUUUGGGUCAGGGAUGUUGACCAGAGAAAGUGGUAGAUGCCAUGUCCUUGAAGAGCUGAAAGGGCUCCAUAUUCUAGAAGAGAAAAUAAUGGAAGAGAACUUGAAGAUCUGUGAGUUUAGACAAUCUGAGGAAGAGGAGCGACUUAUUGAACGUCAGUCUGAGCAAACCCCAUCAAGAUGCUCAAGUAACGACAGGAAAAUGUUUCUGAGGGAGCUUGAGCAGGAGAAGAGAGAGGUGGAGAAGAUGGAGAACAGUCUAGAUACAGAGAGGGAAAAGGAAAGUAAACUCAAGAACAGGCUAAGCAGAGGUCGUAAAGUGGUGAAAUGUUCAAUCAUGGAUCGAACUUCAAAAUUGAAGAACCUUGAGGAUAAUGCACUGUGUGAUGAGCUUGUUUCAGGUUCUAAGAGCCAUGCCCCUAACAAAAUGCACUUGAUCCCUAAUCAAAACUAUGUUUCAGUUCAGUCCCCUACUAAUGAGAUCUUAAGUUUGAGUAAUCAGGAUUAUGAGGGUAAGCUUGAAGAGUCUCAGAAUGGGAUUUUCACAUUGAGCCAUGCAGAGUUUUCUCUCAGUACUUGUGAGAAUGAUGGCCCCUCUGAAUGUCAUGGUUCCUGUGAUGAAAUGGAUACAUGCAGUUCCUCCGGUAACUGUGAACCUGCUGUGCCCAAUGAUACAAGUUAUAAAUUGGAAGUUGACCGAAGACAAUCCCCUCUGAAUGAUUUAACUCAGUCCAUGAAUUCCCCAAAAAUAAUGAAAGAUUGUCACCCAGGUGAGGCUGGACUACUGGUGGAGUGUGCAACUGUAGAGAAUUCCAAAGGUGAAACACAAGCUGAUGGGGUGCCGCCUGUUCCAGAUGUUUCCUUGAAACCCACGCCAUGUCCCAAACAGGGAGCAUUUGACCCUGGUGGUGACACUCCAAAGGUUCCAGUACCAAAACCUAGGAAGGCAUUGAAACUCUCAAAGGCUGAAGGUGAAGUGGCAAGCCCAGAGGACCUUGGAUGUGAUUUGUUUCUUGCAUCAGAACCCCAAGCGGACGAUCCUGUCGCAACAGCACUCCUAAAUUCAGAAGCACUUAGGACACCUCCAAAACCUAAAGAGCGAAAAAACAAACUGUCAACUAAACCUCAAGCUCCAGAUUUGACCCCAAACAUGAAGGAGGACAGUAAUAAUAACAAUAACACUACUUCAGGUACAGGCCAAAAUGUAUGUAUAGCCCCAGAAAGCACUGGCCUAGAAUCUGUUGAAGGGUCUUCCGUGUCCUCAGCCACAAAACCGGUUUCUCUAAAUUACCUGCAAGUGCAGCUGGAUGCAUGCAAUACCGUGGUCUCUGAAAAUGCUUUCAGUAUAAACCCAGCUCUCGAGGAGAGGGAAUCCUCUCCACGAGUCUCCCCUGAAGGCUCCAUGCUGGAAUUUGAUGGACUAUCAAACAGAACUGAUGUACAGAGUGCAGUGGAUAUACCUGAGGUCCCAUCUCUGAGAAGUGUAGCUGUGGCAAGGUCUGUCUGCAGGUCGCCUCUCAAUGAGAGCCAGCUCAGCAUCAACAUGAAUGCGAUUAUGGACUUCAAAACCCCAAUCAUUCUGGAUACUGGAUCAGGUCUGGUGAAGGCUGGUUUUGCUGAUCAGGACCUCCCAACUACCAUAUUCCCUACAGUCAUUGGAAUACCCAAAUAUGAAGAGGUCAUGAAUGGGAACUUUGAACGGGAGUCUUACAUUGGACAUGAGGCACAGCAUAUGAGGGGAGUCCUUGCCCUGAAGUAUCCAAUGAGGAAUGGCAUAAUUCGCAACUGGGAUGAAAUGGAAAAGAUCUGGCACCAUACUUUCCAGCAGAUGCGUGUGGACCCUCAGGAUCACCCCGUAUUGCUGACAGAGGCAGCAAUGAACCCCCGGGAGAACAGACAGCGCAUGAUGGAGCUCAUGUUCGAAACUUUUGGUGUGCCUUAUGCCUAUGUGGCUAUGCAGGCUGUUUUGGCCCUGUAUGCUGCAGGGAGAACAACAGGUGUUGUGUUUGAAUCUGGGGAUGGAGUAAGCCAUAGUGUGCCAGUGUAUGAGGGCUACUGUCUACCUCAUGCAGUGCAACGCUUUACCCUGGCUGGCAAUGAUGUCACACUCCACCUCAGAAAGCUGCUGCAGGAGCAAGGUGUGUCUAUGCGUACGUCAGCAGAGCUGGAGAUAGUACGGGAAAUGAAGGAGAGGUGCUGCUGUUUGGCCCAGGACUAUGACGCUGAGCUGGUCUGUGGGGGGCCUGCCAGCAGGGAGAUGUUUUACACCAUGCCUGAUGGACAGGUCAUUCGCCUCACCACUGAGAGGUUCAGGGCACCAGAGAUCCUGUUUAAGCCAGAACAGAUUGGACAAGACAGCUAUGGGAUUCAUGAGAGCAUUUUCAGAUCCAUUCUUCAUACUGACAUUGACCUUCGAAAGAGUUUUGUCGGGAAUAUAGUUUUAUCAGGUGGCAAUACUCUCCUCGCUGGUUUGCCCCAGCGUCUCCAGAGCGAAAUCAAGAAAAUGGUGCCUGCACAACUUGGGGAGAAUGUACGGGUGACUUGUCCUGAGGACCGUGAUUUCUCUGUGUGGCGUGGAGGAGCUGUGCUGGCCAGCCUCCCUGUGUCAUGGAUCAGUCAAGAGGAGUAUGAGGAGUAUGGCCCUCCGAUUAUCUUCAGGAAGUGCUUCUAAGCAGGCUUGAGCCUGCAAUGCUGCUGCGAAUUCUCACAAGUGCAAUACAGCUUUGUAAUGGUGCCAAGUUUCUGAGCUUUUUUUUUUUUUUUUAAUCAUUUAAAACAAAUUGUAUUACGUUUUAAUUGGUUCUGAUGUAUACCUUUCUAUUCAUAAGCAUACAAAUUAAUUUGAGUAACUCAGUGUUAUUCAAUGUCUGAAAAUCCUGGCUUUACACCAAGAUAAUAUAUUUACAUUAUUCCUAAGUAUUACACAGAACAAACUUCUAAGCGAUUGGGGCUUGCAAAUUACAUUAAUUCAUGGUGCUACGGUAUCCCUAUUUCUGUUGCCUGAAAAUGGAUUUGAAUUAUUGGAUGUGUAGUGUAGAGCAAGAGAUGCAGCACCCCCCCCCCCCCUUCAUUUAAAUCAGGCUAGUCCUGUUUAGCGCUGAAGUACACAAUUAUUUUUAUAUUAAUAUUAUAGUAUUUAUAUAUGUACAUUUUGUAUAUCCACAAAACAUCUGGAAACAUUAGUUACAUUUGGAGGGAAGCUAUUAUCCACAAAUUCAUGUACUGUGGUCUGAAUUGAGUCAGGCGCCUUGGGGUGUAUAUACCAUACCAUUUGUUUUAUGCAUUGAAUAUAUGCUUGCUAAAAUUGGAAAUUUGUCUAAAUGUGAUGUCUAACUUGGUGGCAUAUUUGGGGUAUUUGCUCUUUCUGUCCUUGGGACCACUGCAUGUGAAGGGCCAUUUUAUCUAUCCAUUCUUACCGAUCUUGAGGCAGAUUCCGAAUGAGUGCUUUGGUGCAUCAUAUUGAUACAUCCAUGAUGUAUGCUUACCUGUCUUUGUCCCUAGUUUUCCCCUGGGUUAAAUGUCAGUGGGUUUAUCAAGAUAACUGGCUUUACUGAUGUCCUCAAGCGCUCAAUACUCAAUACUGCUCAGUAUGCUCAAUGCUCAAUACACAAUACUCUUUUCUCUAUGAUGUAGAAAUAUUUUUAUCGGAUUUAUCUUGUUCACGUGUGGCUUGAUGCACUCUAGAUUACCAGCAAAAUAUUUUUGAUUAUUUGUGUGCAUUCUGUGAAAUUGCAGUUUUAAUUCACUUGAAUCAAGAAUGUAAUUUGUGCAGCAUUGUGUUACUGUAUUUGUGCGAUUAGAUUAUGUAGUAUUAAGUGUAGAUUGAUAUGCCAUCUGAAAAGAAAUGAGUAAUUGUACCACCUUAAAUGUUAUACAUGCUUUGGAUCCCUGAUGAUAAAUCUGUUAAGUGAGGCGUUCUGACAAAUCGAUGCAUCAACCCAUUAAUGGUAUUGUAGAAAUGGAUAUAUUGUGGUAAGCACACUUUUUCACUAUUUAAAUAUUUUCCUUUGAAGCACCAUUUUCUGCAUGUGUUAAUAUUUUUAUAACCAUGUUACAAUACUUAAAUGGGGUUGAUGCGUGACUCAAUCUCAGGUUUGAAAGCGGGUCAUUUGGCAAUGUACAGGAUAAAUAUUGUAAGAGCCUUGUCCAAGGACUUGACAAUUUAUGGCUUUUCGGUUCAUUGAACCGCACAAACCUAUUUAGGCACAUGGGUACAAUGUAAAAUUUUAAUUCUGGAAUGUUCCCAAGUGGAAUAUUUCAGUCCAAAGCACUUGCUUAUGCUCAAUUUGUUAACCAAGUUAUGUCUUGUCUUACAUGUUUAUGUUUUUAUAAUAAAUUAUUUUACAAGCAA